AUGGCCAACGCCCGCAUGGACCCCGAGCUACUCGCCCACCUGGGCGCCAACCCCCAACUCCUCAACGUCCCGCCAAAGCCUGACAAAGAGACAGCCGAGCAGUCCCGGGCUCGCUUCGGUGGCAUUCUCAGCAAUUUCAUCAACCAGCAGAGCCCCGUCUCCCCCCUCAUCGUCGAGAAGCGGCACACCAUCCCGUCCUUUGACGGCGCCGCCAUCACCGUUCACGAAUUCACGCGGGCCAAGGACGCGCAAGAGCAGCACUCGAUCGAGCGAGACCCCCAGCCCGCCUUCCUCUUCUUCCACGGCGGCGGCAUGAUCAGCUGCCCCGUCGACACCGUAUACCGCCCUCGUAUCGCCCACUUUGCGCUCGAGAUGGGCGUCCGCGCCUUUGCCGUCGAGUACCGCCUCGCACCAGAACAACCCUUUCCCACACAGCCCGAGGACUGCUACGCCGCGACCCAGUGGCUCUCACACAAUGCGGCCUCGCUCCGCAUCGACCCCGCGCGCAUCGGCGUCGCCGGCGACAGCGCAGGCGGCAACCUCGCUACCGUCGUCUCGCUCAUGGCCAGGAGCAAACAGCUCCGUCCGCCGCUCGCGAAGCAGAUGCUCAUCUACCCCAUGCUCGACGACCGGGCGCGCGAGAGGUUUUCCGAACUAAAGAGUGCCCGCGACCAGUCACAGAUCAGCUUCCGCGACGACUUUGACCAGUUCUGGAACCACUACCUCGGCCAUGGGCGACGCGGCGCGGAGGAUAUCUGCCCGUACGCGGCGCCCGGCCGCGCCGAGAGUUUGAGGGGUUUGCCCAGUGCGUACGUCGAGGUGGGCGCGCUGGAUCCGUUUCGGGACGAGACGAGGGAGUAUGCGACGCGGUUGGCGCGGAGUGAUGUCGAGGUUGAAUUGCAUGUGUAUGCGGGUGUGUCGCACGGCUUUGAUAUGGCCGGGCCCAAGAUUGGCAUUACGAGGAACGCGGAGGAGAACAGGCGGAGGGCUGUGCAGUCGAUAUGA